UAGUAUUGUAAUAUCGUUCAGCCGUGCGGAACGAAGCCGCUUGUAUAUUUGUUCAUACGAUUGUUUUGAAAUUUUUCUGAUAUGCAAAAAAACUUUAUUUGAUAUAUCCUUUUUAACAUAUAGUUAAGAAAAUAAAACUAUUUAUGAAUAUUAUUUUUGUUUCCAUAAGUUAUAAAAUUAAAUUAAGCAUUUGUAAAGUUAAACUUAAUACGUUGAUUCAAAUUAUGAGUAAACAUUUGUGAGAUAUUGAAAUGUCUGUGCUAAUUAAAAGUAUAAAUCGUUCAUAUUCUAAUAAAAUUAAGGUUAAGUGUCGAAUAUGAGUUAAAUGUAAUUAUUUGUAAUAAUUGAACAUUAUUGAGGUUAGACAAUGAGGAUAUAAUGUAUUAGGAGAAAUGUCCUGUGAAUCUUUCAAAGAUCGACAGGAAAACGAAAUUGAAGUCUUGAAGAGUAUUUUUGGAGAUGAAUUUUGUGAUUUACGACGUGGAAAAAAUAAACGAAAAUGGCAACCCUUAGAUAUAUUGGUAACUUUAAUACCUCAGAGAGGUAUGUCUGGUCCAGCUGAAGUAUACGCACAAAUCGACUUACAUGUAACAUGCAGUGAUAAAUAUCCUGAUGAAGUACCACACAUAGAACUGCAAAACAGCAGAGGCUUAUCCAAUCAACAGGUUGGAGUAUUAUAUUCUGAAUUAGUAGAUCUUACAACUCGUUUACGUGGAGAAGUAAUGAUCUUUGAAUUAGCUCAACAUGUUGAAAAAUACCUUCACAAAAAUAACAAGCCAGGCUAUAGCAGCUUUUAUGAAGAAAUGGUUUCAAGGCGCCAAGAAAAAAUUGAACUUGAAAUGGUGGAAAAACAAUUGCAGGAAGAUAAAGAAAGACAGGUAUUACAGGAUGAAAUUCAAAAAAGGCAAGAAGCUUUGAAAGCUGAAAGUCGUAAUCGAAAGGAAUCAAUUCGCUUGUCCAAUGACCGAUCAGAAAAUCCAUCGCAGGCAGUAUUAUUUCCUCCGCAGGAGAGAUUACGGCUUUAUUCUCGACGGAGAUGUGCUAGUAGUUCCGAAAGUUCUGAUGGCUUUUUAUGCGAACACAGAGGCACAAAAUUAUUGCACUUUGAUCACAAUAAAGAUGAACGACAAAUAUACAGAGGAAAAUGUAUGGGUCAUAGUACUAAAGGAUCAGUUGUGUACGCGGGUGUGGAUAUGAUAUCUGGUGAAUUAUUCGCAAUUAGUGAAUGGACAUUUAAAAAAAAUAAUAAUAUUGAUGAAAAUAACAUGCAACAUAUUACUAAACAAAUAGGAAGUCUCGAGCAAGAAAUAAAUCAUUUAUAUAAAUUACAUCAUCCAAAUCUUGUGCACUAUCUAAAUAUGAAGUACUUACAGAAUGAAGACGAAACAUUACUUUAUGUUCUUCAAGAGUUUGUGAUAGGUACUAGCUGUUCCUUCUUCUUGUUGGAGAAUAUCCCGGUGGAUAUCGAUCUUCUUAGAUAUCUAGCAACUGGAAUCUUAUUCGCUUUGAAGUACCUCCAUGACAAUAAUGUUGUUCACAAAGACUUACGUGAUACGAGUAUUUAUAUUGAUCGUGCAGGAACAGUUAAGUUAUCGGAUUAUUCACUUAACAAACGUUUGACCGACAUUUAUCAAACGUGUACAAUAGUCAAGCCUGAACAAGAUUUUCCUAGCAUCCAGGGAAGAGGUGGGAAAAAAGCUGAUAUUUAUCGGUUUGGUGUCCUUAUGUUUUCCUUACUGAAUGGAGUUAUUGCUUCUGGAGAUAAAAUUGACCCAACAAUGAUUAAUCAGCCUGAUCUCCAGGAUUUUUUACAAAAGUGUCUGAUUAAUGAUGAACGUAAGCGUUGGUCCGCUGAACAAUUAUUACAGCAUACAUUCAUAAAAGCACCUCUAGCUCGAACAUUAUCACCUCCAAAAAUACCACGCAGAGAGGAACAAGAGAACCACGAACCUGAGGAAACCGAUGCAGAUAUCCGACAAUAUGUGCCGCCUUUAGGUGGUCAUUCAAGAAUUACAAAUGAAUUCGAAGUUCUUGAAUGGCUCGGUAAAGGUGCCUUUGGCGAUGUACUUAAAGUGAAAAAUAAGUUAGAUGGUGGAAUUUAUGCCAUCAAAAGAAUAGAACUUAAUCCAAAAAAUAAACAGUUGAACAGGAAGAUUACUAGAGAAGUGAAAUUAUUGUCACGUAUGAAUCAUGAAAACGUAGUGCGAUAUUAUAAUUCCUGGAUAGAGAGUGCUACCAUAACUGACGAAACGGAAAAAGAAUGUGAAACACCUUUAGAAAAGAAAAACAAAGACUUACUUAAUCACUUGGGUACGGACGAUAUCGAAAAAUUAGCUCCGCCAUUGCAAGACGUAGAGUGGAAUAUUUCGUAUAAAUCUCGUACAAACACCACACUACCACAGGAUAGCGAUGAAGACAACAGUGAUGCUUCAAGUGAUACCGACAGUGACGAAGAUUGUGCGUUUUUAAUGCGAAAUUUGUUAAGAAUAGAUUCUUCCGAUAGUAUAGAAUUUGAAAGAGAUUCGAAUUUUCAAGAAUCUUUGUCCAGCGUGAAAGAAGAUGAAAGUGAAGAUGCAAAUAAAUCAAAAGAAACAACAAGAGAGAUUCAGUUUAUGUAUAUUCAAAUGGAAUUUUGUGAAAAGAGCACUCUUCGAACAGCUAUCGAUGGAGGUCUCUAUGAAGAUCAAGAAAGAGUAUGGAGACUAUUCCGAGAAAUUGUUGAAGGUUUAGCACAUAUCCACCAACAAGGCAUGAUACACAGAGAUCUUAAACCAGUGAAUAUAUUUUUGGAUAGCAAUGAUCAUGUAAAGAUUGGAGAUUUUGGCCUAGCUACAACAAACAUAUUUUCAUCAUUUGUCCAGACUAUGGAGAUUGACAAAGAAUCGCAAACUAUGGAAAAAGGAUUUAGUUUUGGUACAGAAGACGUGGGUUCUUUAACAGGACAAGUGGGCACGGCAUUGUAUGUAGCGCCGGAGCUUACAACGAAAGCGGUAAAAGCUAUUUACAAUCAAAAAGUUGAUAUUUAUAGUCUCGGAAUAAUAUUAUUUGAAAUGAGUUACAAGCCGUUAACAACAGGAAUGGAACGAAUUACGAUUUUGCUCAAUUUACGGUUAAAAGAAAUCAUAUUUCCCCCAGAAAUGCAGCAGCCAGAUAUGACGUUGCAAACUCAUAUCCUACGAUGGUUAUUAAACCACGAUCCCAGUCAACGACCUACAGCACAAGAACUUCUCUCUUCGGAAUAUUUACCUCCUCCGCGUCUCGAAGAAACCGAAUUACAAGAAAUGAUUCGACGUACACUCUCUAACAACCAGAGCAAAGCGUAUAAAUAUUUAAUUUCGUGUUGUUUUAUGCAAGAAGUUACACCGGCAGACGAUAUCACAUAUGAUAUGAAUUUACCUAGUAGGAGUCGUAUAAAUUUUUUGUCUUGGAAAAAAUAUCAAGAGAGAGUGAAGUGCAAAGUGAUUGAAAUUUUUCAAAAACACGGUGGCAUUUAUUUAGACACGCCGCUCUUGAUGCCGAAGUCGCGACAGUUUUGUAGUUUUUCAGAUUCAAGUGUAAAAUUAAUGACUCGUAACGGAAACGUUGUUUGUAUUCCCCAUGAUCUACGUGCUCCUUUUGCAAGAUACGUAGUUUGGAAUAAUGUUUUGCACAUCAGAAGAUAUGCCAUUGAAAGAGUUUUCAGAGAAAAGAAGGUUCUGGGCUUCCAUCCCCGAGAACUUUAUGAAUGUGCAUUCGACAUAAUAAGUCCUACUGCUAAUAAUUUAUUAAUGGAAGCUGAAUUAAUACAUAUUGUCUGGGAAGUGAUAAACGAAUUGCCCUCGUUACAAGAACGGAAUUUCACGAUUCGCCUAAAUCAUGCUUCCUUACUAAAAGCUGUGUUAAUGUAUUGUGGAAUUGAUCAAGAAAAGUAUCAAGAUAUUUAUUCUAUUCUUCGAGAUGCACGCGAUGGAAAGUUUUCUAGAUUUCAAAUACAAACGCAUUUAAUAAGCCUUUGUCUGACUGAUCAAGCCAUGGAAACGUUAUUCAAUUUAUUUGAGACUGAGAGUUCUAUUGCUAAAAUUCAUAGUGUGUUGAAGACUAUAACUAAAAGAAAAGGAGACGCCGCAACAUUAGCUAAAGAAGGACUAAAAGAAAUCGAGACUGUAAUGGAAUAUAUUGAACUAUUAGGUAUUAAGUGGUCAGUAGUAGUGGUACCCCUUUUGGUACAUAAUAUAAAUCAACAUAGUGGUAUAAUUUAUCAAAUAACGUGCGAAGUUAAACGGCGUAGAAGAAAAUGCGGAGAAGAAGUGAUAGCAGCAGGUGGACGUUACGACAAAAUGCUAUCUUCUUUUAGGAAAAUUCUUGAACGUACAGAAAUGGCCAGCAAAGAAACUAAGCAGUACGGUGUUGGAAUCAGUAUAUCAUUAGAGAAACUUGUUUCUGCUGUUUUGGAGACAUCAGAAUCCUCAGAAAAUAAGUAUGGUAUCGAUGUUGCCAUUUCCUGCUUGGGCAAUCCUCAUCGAGAGAAAGAGAUGAUAAAUCUCUUGAAAGAAUUGUGGAGUUUUGGACUGAAAGUUACAACUUUAGAUUUAGCAUCCGUUGAAGAAAUUCUCGAAUAUUGCAGAGAACAUUCGAUCAAUCAAGUUGUUAUUUUAAAAGCCAGCGAGAAAGGAAGUAUGAGAGUCCACAGUUGGGAACGGGAUAGAUUUCAAGAAAAGAGAAUAGCAACUCAAGAGGUCGGAGAAUUUUUCCAAAGAUUAGACACAUCUAUACCCAUUUUAAACAGAUCAGAGAGUAAAGCAGCAACAAACGAAAACUUUUUAAGCAAUAGUAAUCCGAUUAACAUUAACGUUAACUUUAUUUUGUCAGAAAAGGACAAACUUUCUGGUAGUUUUAGGAGGAGUUUGAAAAAUUCUAUAUUUGCUCAGAUGUCAACAUAUUUACAAAGAAUUGCAUAUAAAAUUCCGAUCGAAAUUUUUGCAAUAUCUUUAGAAAUGAGUGUGAUCAGAACAAUUAUAAGUUUUUUGGAAAUUGAUGAGGAAGAUCAAGAUUUUCUUAAGAGUAUACAAGUCAUUAUUGAUAAACACGCAAGACACAAAAAAUACAUAAAGGAAAUAUGCGAAAAAUUGCGAGAAACGAGAAGGGAGAAAUUGAGACCUGUACUGAUACUAUAUAGUUUAAUAGACAGUCAAUAUAUGACUCUUUUAUAAAUAGUUUAUUAUUUUACAAAAGUUUAUAAUUAUAUAUGUACAAGUUAUUACAUGAAAGAAAUAAUUUGUCACAUAACUAAGUAAUUCAUAAUAAAAAAUGAUUUGAUUUUUA